AUGAAGACGUUGUUAGCCGAGCUAGCUCUUUUACGAGUUACUGCACAAGGAUCACAGGUUGUGGCAAAGCGUUUCCUCCCAGCAAGAGGUACGAAGCCCCUGCCUCGUUAUCUUUGGGACCUCGAAGAUUUAAAGAAGAAAAGUGGUGGAGGUUACACUCAUGAGCCAUUACGAAUAAAUCGGCUUGGAGGUCGUCAUCCAGAAACAGGACGUAAGAUUAAUCAACACAUAGGUGGUGGAACGAAGUUCGAUUACUUCAUGAUUGACUAUCACAGCAGGUUCGAGUAA